CCAAUCACUGAAACGAGAAGCAGGUGAAUGUCAUCAUGCACUUGACCUACUUACUCACCGCUCGUCUCCGACCGCUCUCUCCCGCUGCAGACUCCGCUAAACCACGCCCCCCUCGCCACAUACCCCCACCGCCCGACUCAGGCCGGGGAGCCCUCCGGCCCGCAGCCCCCCCCAUUCCUGGAGAGGAAGUCCGCCACGGCCAUCUGCGCCCCCGGCCUGUGGAUCACCUUGAACUUAAAUGGCUGGAGAGCCAGAUACCAACGAGUGAUCCGCGCAUUGGUAUCCUUCAUGCGGUGGAGCCACUGCAGGGGCGCGUGGUCCGAACAGAGAGUGAACUCCCGGCCCAGGAGAUAAUAACGGAGGGUGAGAACCGCCCACCGGAUCGCCAGGCACUCCUUUUCAAUGGUGCUGUACAUCGUCUCUCUCUUAGAGAGCUUACGACUGAUGUACAGCACCGGCCGUUCCUCACCCUCUAUCUCCUGGGCCAGGACCGCUCCAAGCCCCCUGUCCGAUGCGUCCGUCUGCAGCAAGAAGGGGAGAGAAAAAUCAGGAGAGUGCAAAAGUGGUCCGCCACACAGAGCAGUCGCAACCGCUGCCGUCUUACUAAUUUGGGGACGCACCUGCCCGUGGCCCAAGUGGAAGCCCAGAUACCGCACCUCGACCCGCCCAACCGCACACUUCUUCGGGUUGGCCGUCAGUCCGGCCCUUCUCAGCGCUCUCAGUACGGCCCACACAUGCUCCAUAUGCCGCUGCCAGUCGUUGCUAUAGAUAAUAAUAUCAUCCAGAUAAGCAGCAGCAUAUGUCGCAUGUGGCCGAAGAAUCUUAUCCAUGAGGCGCUGAAACGUGGCCGGCGCCCCGAACAACCCGAACGGAAGCGUAACGAAUUGGUGCAAUCCGAACGGCGUGGUGAAGGCUGUUUUUUCUUUGGAUAGAGGUGAUAAGGGGAUCUGCCAGUAUCCUUUAGUUAAAUCCAGUGUCGAAUAAAAACAAGCUGCACCCAGCCGAUCAAGCAGUUCGUCAACCCGCGGCAUUGGAUAUGCGUCGAAUU